AUGUUCGCAGUUUUUCUCAACGGAGGAUUGAAAUCAAUGCUGAAGAAAGCCGAACGUUUAGAAAUUAUAAUAUCUGUUUUGUUCAUCAAUCAUGCUUUAUAUGAUUUCGCUUCCAAGUAUAGCAGUAAAUCUACCAACCCAUUUACUUGGCCUGGAAUAAAGUUGAAGGAUCGUACAUUUCGUCCAAUCCUAAACACAUAUGAGAUUCUGACAAAGACGUCCAGUAGUAAAGAAUUUGUCCAACAACUGAAACGAGUGGUUGUUGAUUGGAGGUACUGUGACCACUUUGCUGUGAAUAGCCGUGGUGAAAUUAUUAAACUAGGUUUCAACGGCAAAAUCACGGUUAUUUACAGCACACGUGAAAGCAAGGAUUUUAUGUUUCCCGUUCCUACAGAAAGUAACGUUUUUGACCAAUACAGCAUGAAUGUUGCUGUUGAUAGCAAUGACAAUGUGUACGUCGUAACAUGGCUUACGACACGUGAGAAAGAUGGCAGUGACAAGGACGAUUUUGUGUUGUACGCUUUUGACGAGAAUUACAACAUCAAGCAUGUCUCCGUAUUGGAUUUCCUUGAUAAAGAACCUGAAUAUGUGAACAUUGCUGUUGACAAAAACCAAAACGUAAUCAUGCUCACAAGUUGGAAUGACCAGGUAUACAUCUGUGAAAAUACAGGAAAGUUAAAAUUUCAGUUUAAACGAGAUGGAGAUCGCCUACGCAGCUUGAGUAUUUCUAACAACAAUGACAUCAUGAUAGCAUCAGAUGGUUGCAGCGCUGUUAAAAUAUGCUCAACAGAAGGUAAAUUAAAAUCCACAAUAAAAGUACCAGAAGGUCAUGAAGUCGUGCAGGUGGCAUUUCAUCAUGGCAUUUGUAAAAUAAUUGUUUUAACCUAUGUUAACAAACAAGAUUCCUGGUUCUUGCUCGGUUACUCUGAAACAGGUGAACUCGAGAAUUCAGUGCUUUUUGGUAAGCGAGAUCCAAACCGAAGUUGGCAAAAUAUAGAUAUAAAAAGUCAUCCAUGCGGACCAGUUGUUGUUGGAGUGAGCGACAACAUCACAUUGUUGUAA